CAUUACGAAUCAUCAUUAAGAGGACUGGCCAGUCCGAAAUAUACCGGUCCCCAGCAGGCCCUCGAAGGUUCGUGUGCCCCCGCCAACCGCGCAAGACAACAAAAACAAAACGAGCACAUGAUGGCCAACCGACCAGCGCCACACCUGCGGCCAACCGCACAGAGAGGCGUACCGCGACCAAACCUAGGCCAUCACGGCAGCAGCAACCUUAGCAACAACAGCAAUAGCCAGAUCAACGGUCACGGCGGACAUUCACACGCGCAAGGGCCAACGGCACCCACAACAGCAGCAACAACAACAGCCACCAACGCCACGACGACGACGACGACGACAAACGCCGGGGUCCGGCGCAACCUCUUCCAGAGCCAGCUCACGCGCCGCCCCACGCCCACGUCGUCUGCCUCGGCCGAGACGCUGCGCCUGGAUGUCGACGUGCUCUCAGACACCUCGGACAUUGUCGUCCGCGACAAGAACGGCGAGUUCGACGUCGGCGAUCCACCCACGCCGCCGCUCGAGGACCCCGAAGACGCGGGGCUAGACGAGGCGCAAGAGAACGAACAAGAAAGACGGAGGCUCGCUGAUGCUGUCAAGCACCAUCAAAUCAACUUGGGUCGUAUGCCGGCACAGCCCGAAGAGGUCAUUGAGACUCUCCGAGCGAGCAUGCGGGCACAAGUAGCGUCCCUCGCCGAGGACAACUGGAUGUAUGAGGCUGAGGAGCUGCAACGCAUGCAGUGAGGCCCCUUCCGCAGAGCUUCUUCCAUGCGAGGCACAGUCCCGCUGGUG